AUGGCCGCGACCACGGUAGAAGACAACACUGCGCUUAGCAAACAAUAUGAGACCCCACUUGGCCUCGCGCAUGACACCAUGCAAGCUCUCAAGGAUAGGAUCAAAACACAUUAUGAUCUGGCCAGCGAGUAUUACUUGAGCCUGUGGGGCACCCACAUCCACCACGGCUACUGGCCCACGCCAGAGUCAAAGGCUAGUGAGACCAAGGAGCAAGCACAGAUUAAUCUCAUCCGCCUGCUGCUGGAGACCUCGCAAAUAAGCGAAGGGAGCAAGGUCCUGGACGUGGGAUGCGGGAUCGGUGGCACUUCGCGAUACCUUGCCUCACAGCUGGGCUGCACGGUGACCGGCAUCACCAUCUCUACAAAGCAGGUCGAGAUGGCGACACGCCUUACCAAAUCUGAGGCCGCCAAGGAAGACGCCAGCCUGUCAGACCAGGAGGCAGACCAGGAGGGUUUCCUCAAGAUCGGCAAGGGCAAGGUCAAGUUCAUAGAGCUCGACGCCGAGAAGAUGGGAGACGUCUUCGCCGCACAGUCCGAGUCGUUUGACGCCGUCUGGAUCUGCGAGGCAUUGAGCCAUUUCCCGAAUAAAUCCCUGUUCUUCCAGAAUGCCCACAAGUCUUUGAAGAAGGGCGGCAAGCUCGCCCUGGCCGACUGGUUCAAAGCGGAGGGCCUGGGCGACAAGGAAUUCACCGAUGAUAUAAAACCCAUUGAAGAUGGAAUGCUUCUGCCGCCAUUGUGCGCACAGGCUGACUACGUCAAUUACGCAAAGGAGGCUGGUCUGAGUGUCUUUGGGGGGCCAAAGGACAUAUCGAAUGAUGUCAAGGCGACCUGGGACAUCUCGUGGUCAUUGGUCCAGAACCCGUCCCUGUGGGCCUUCGCGCUCAGCCAGGGCAGGGAUGGAAUCGCUUUCCUGCAGGCGUUCCGUGCUAUGCGAAGGGGAUAUGCCAAUGGCAGCUUUCGUCGCAAGCAUCUCGUCAUACACAAGCCCCUGUUCCACUCUUUGGGGCGUUGGACCCUUGCGACUGGUUCGGGCAUCACCUUGGUCGACAACACAAGGCAUGAGCCAUCAGAAACCUUCGCCCGCGAUUCAAGCGUAUCAAUAGAUUAUUGGUACAACAUGUAUGCUAGCAACACUGACUGGGGCCGAAAUGGCGUCAAGCGAGUCCGUCUGGAACCCGUGAACUCUUCCCUCCAACAGAACGGCAGUCAUAACAGCUUGCUCGAACGUCUCAAGUCAGACGACGGAGAGGUCUCGACCGCGCACACAUCUAUAUCUCCUAAAGAACCUCAGUACGUCGAUAUAACAGCCGCUUUCUUCGGCAAACAGAGACGCCCUGCGCAGCAUUCCAAGGGCCAGAUGGGGCCUCCACCUCGUCCACUGCAACAGCAGAAUCGCCCACAGCCGCGCAACCAAGAUGUACAACAUCGCGAGACCCAGCAUAAAUAUGCUACUAUUGGGCUGGCAGAGGCCAAAGACUUGAGAGACGAGCUCGCAGGCAACAUUGCGGCUGAGUCCAACAAUCUCUACAGCAAUGGUCUCACUCAGCUCAAAGACCUUCAUGAAGCCUUAAAGGGAAUCAUGACCGACACGGAUGCCGAAGAUGAUCGUGUUCUCGCUCUUGUGGAAUCUAAUCACAAGAGAAUGGCCGGAUCACCCUCUGAGACGACUAUCAACGAAACCUUCACCCAUGACGACGGCAACAUAACUCGCCGCGAAGUUCACAUUGGUCAGGAAGUUGCGUCGCUGGGUGACUGUCUAAAGAUUCUUGAAUCGCAAGUGAAGCGCCUGUGGGAUGAUUGGGAGGCUGCUGACCGGGAUGUCCAAACCAAAAUCGCGGAAAUGACCGGCAGUACUCAUCUUCAAAUGAGCCAGAGUGACUGCAUCAAAGACGUGCGAGAGUCACUCGCGCGAGAAAUGAAGGCUUUUGACGCAGAAGCAGAAGGCAUCAUCGAAGACUCGCACGAGGAAGCUCGGACAUGUGAGAAGGAAUUCGGCAGGAAGAUCCAUGGUGCCAUGUCUGCUCUACUGCAACAGUUUCUGUUGGAAGACUGA